AGAGGCCACUUCCGGUCCGAGCACCCGGAACCGCCACCUGUAGGGAUGGACGGUCAGACCCUGAGGAAGCUGGAAAGAAUCCGAUCCUGCUCCCAGGAAAGAAAAGAGGAGUACUCUAAGGACAUGGUGACAGACUUUGAUGAGAAACAUGAUGAGUAUUUAAUAUUGCUUCAGCAGAGAAACCGGAUAUUGAAGCAUUUGAAGGCCAAGGACCCCGUGCAGCGCAGGCUGGAGUACCUGGAGCAGGGCUUCUCCGUCUACGUCAACGGGGCCAAUUCUGAGCCGAGGACAUCCCCACGCAAAGUCGUGCACGCCGACUUCUCCAGAAGCACCUCGCAGGCCGAGGGUGCACUCGAUUAUGGACGAAGACCCUUGUUUGGAGAAGCAGAAGAAAUGUUAAGACGCAGUUCGAGGACGGCGCCCAGCAAGGUCCAGCGCCGAGGAUGGCACCAGAAAUCCGUGCAGAUCAGAACAGAAGCCGGCUCGCGCCUCCACAUCGAGCCUCCUGUGGACUACUUGGAAGACUUUGAGCCCUGUGGGGAAAUGGCUGGCGAGGCCAACGAGGCUUCAGGGGACCACCCACAGGAGCUGAGGAAAAGCCUGGAAGCCUGCGGCUUGGAUCCUCCACAGCAGCUCGAGGAUCGCUCCAGCGAUGAGGGCGACUCGAUCGAAGAAGAGGUCCUUUCUUCAGAGACGGAGCCUGAGGAUCCAGAGCCCGUGGCCUGGCCUGGAGAUGAUGUCCCUCUGUCCAGUGGGGACCCCACCCCCGAAGUCCAUCUGGAGGACCAGGAGCUGGAAGGAUGGCUUCCCAGGGCCAAGACACUGGUGGUGCUGGAAUCGAACCCGCCCUCCAUAAGUAAUAAAAGGGAAAGGAAUUUGUCUGCCAAGCGGAAAGACAAUGCCGAGGUCUUUGUUCCUAGCAAACCUGAGCCCAGCGGGAAUGCACAGCCCGCCACUGUGUUCUCCAACCAGGAGAGGCCAAGCUCUAGACCCAGCAGCCGGUGGGAGAGGCCCCUGUCAGCAACCCGCAAAGCCACGUGCACGGCGGAGGACCGCCAGGAGGAGGCGUCAGCCGUGCUGAGAGCCAUCCAGGUGGAGAACGCCGCCCUGCAGCAGGCCUUCCUGGGCAGGAAGGCUGAGCCCCCCAGCAGCCCUCCGCAGCUGCCUCGCUCCACGCCGAUGACCACAGCCCAGGAGCCAGCCAGGGCAGCUGGAGGCGCCCAAGCCAUCAGCCACAGUGACACCAUCGGCCUCCUGGGAAGCAGGCAACCGCAGAACCUUCUGGAAGUCCUGCAGGCUGCUGACAGUGACUCUGCCCCUCUGCCCAGGGCUGGUGCAGCGACAGACAAGCAAGCACUGGUGCCACAGGACACCGGGAGCUUGAAUAGAGAAGAGACGAAGGAUGCCAUCCACGUGACCCUGGAGAUCCUGUCCACCUGGGGCAGCGCCUCGCAGGUGGGACUCACGGAGGUCGAGUUCUUCGACCUGAGCCGCACAAAGCUGUACGUGUCCCCUCAGGAUGUGGAUGUGUGGAACUCGGCAUCGCCCGGAGAGCUGGGCUGCCUGGUCAACAGGAACUUGGCUAGCAAGAAGGACCCUGCCGUGUGGACCUGCCACUUCCACCCGCCACUCCAGCUCCGGUUCGUGAUCCGCAACACGCUGCAGCUGCCAGACUUCAGGCUGGCGGAGAUGAAGCUCUGGAAUUACUGGGUGGCUGAAGGGGACCUUAACAUCGGGGCCAAGCACGUGAGGGUGUACGUCAACCACAGGUGCAUCUUCGAUGGUGAGCUAGACAAAGGCAGGGGAGAGGUCCCCUCCGGCCUCACCAUUGCUGCUCACCUGCACAGCGAGGAGAUUACCCACAAGGCCCUGGGUGCUGGCGGGGAAGGAAGCUCGGCUGCCCCCAGCCUGGCAGUGGCUCCAGCCACCGGGGACGGGGACCCGGGUCUCAGUAGCUCACAGCCCGCCGAAGCUCUGGCUGUCGAGAAGAUCUCUUCCCAAGCCAGUUUCCUUGAUGACACGGAGAAUUCCACUAACUGCACGAAAGACAGUUCCUCCAAGUUAGAGGAAGGCGGAGCACCUCAGGGACCCCCUCUUUCAAUGGGCAGUGAGCCCCGCAUCCCUCCCUCCUCCCCACCUGGGAGCGGGGCCCCCCCGGAAGAAGAGCCUUCUCUGGCCAAACAGCUGGAAACCCUCACGGGCAGGAAGAUCUGCGAGCCUCCUGGGAACCCCCCAUGCUGGUUACAGACUUCUCCAGACAAGGGCAGGCAGCCGGGGAGUAAGAAAUCCAAGCCCCAACCCUCCUGGCUGAGCUUUGAGAAGCCGCUGGAUGGGAAGGGCGGGCUCCCAUCAGCCGAGGUCAUGGACCAGGGUCCUGGAGAGACCGGCGAGGGCAAAGGUCCCCAGAGGACAAGCAGCUGGAAUGCCAUUGCUGGAGAGCGUCCCCAGAGAGCAGCCCCCAAAGUCUGCAGCGAUGACUUAGACAUUUUUAACCAACCUCCCAACAGGGAGCGCCCUGCCAGUGGGAGGAGGGGCCCGAAGAAGGAUGCUCUCCUCUGUCGUCAUGGUGACAGCCAGACAGCCAGCAGAGAAGAUCCCGGGGCAGCCCGGACGCCGCCCCGCCUGCGGUGGCGUGGGGAGCAGGAGCACUGGCUGCGUGAGUCCUGGGACUCCCUCAGCGCCUUCGACCGCUUCCACCUGGGCCGCAUCCCCCGGCCGGAGCAGCAGAGCGACAUCCUGGACGAGUUCCUCCAGCUGCAGAGGGCGGGCGGGCGGCAGGGCCAGCCGCCCCCACGGAGGGACGGGGAGCCACGGCCGGAGCCACAGCCAGGGCCAGGCAGGGGCCAGGGCGACUGCUCCCCCGAGACCAAAGGCGGCAGCGGCGACGGCGACUUCAAAAUCCCCAUCCUGCCCUACGGCCAGCACUUGGUCAUCCACAUCGCCUCCACGUGGGGCGACAGACACUACGUGGGCCUGAACGGGGUAGAGAUCUUCAGCUCCCAGGGGGAGCCGGUGCAGGUUGCCGACAUCCGCGCCGAGCCCCCUGACAUCAACGUCUUGCCGGCCUACGGGAAGGACCCCCGCGUGGUUGCCAACCUGGUGGACGGGGUGAACAGGACCCAGGACGACAUGCACGUGUGGCUGGCGCCCUUCACGCCAGGCCGGCCCCACUCCAUCUCCAUCGACUUUGCCCACCCUUGCCAAGUAGCCAUGAUCAGGAUUUGGAACUACAACAAGUCCCGGAUCCACUCGUUCCGAGGCGUGAAAGACAUCACCAUGCUGCUAGACGGGCAGCGCAUCUUCGAAGGGGAGAUUGCCAAGGCUUCAGGGACCCUGACUGGAGCCCCAGAGCACUUUGGAGACACCAUCUUAUUCACCACCGACGAGGACAUCCUGGAGGCCAUCUUCUGUUCCGAUGACACGUUUGACGUGGAUGUGGACGCAGACGGACUGUGCAGCCUGCAGCUCGGUCAGGCCCCAAGGAGGCCUAGCACGGCUGACAGCGAGGGCCAGGAGCGGCCUUUCACCCAGGCUGGCUCCAGCGCUGAUGACCGGAUCCUGGGGCUGGAGCUGCCCCCCAGCUCCCCCAGCCCCGAAGUCACCACGCUGGAGCCUGGCAUCUACCAUGGCAUCUGCCUUCGGCUCAAUUUCACCGCCUCCUGGGGGGACCUGCACUACCUGGGGCUCACUGGCCUGGAAGUGGUGGGUAGGGACGGCCAGGCCCUGCCCAUCCGCCCGCACCAGCUGUCCGCUUCCCCCAGAGACCUCAACGACCUUCCCGAGUACACGGACGACUCCCGGACCCUGGACAAGCUGAUCGACGGCGUCAACGUCACCACGGAGGACGAGCACAUGUGGCUGAUCCCCUUCUCGCCCAGCCUGGACCACGUGGUCACGAUCCGCUUCGACAGAGCCGAGAGCAUCGCCGGCGUGCGUUUCUGGAACUACAACAAAUCUCCCGAAGACACCUAUCGAGGGGCCAAGAUUGUCCACGUGUUUCUGGACGGCCUGUGCGUCUCCCCUCCCGAAGGAUUCCUCAUCCGGAAGGGGCCAGGCAACUGCCACUUUGAUUUUGCACAAGAAAUCCUCUUUGUGGACCACCUGCGGGCCCCCCUGCCGCCCCCACCAGCCCGAAGGCUGGACUGGAAAAGCCUGGAACGUUCCAGCAUGGACUACGAGGCCCCGCUCAUGCCCUGUGGCUUCAUCUUCCAGUUCCGGCUCCUGACUAGCUGGGGGGACCCCUACUACAUCGGCCUCACCGGGCUGGAGCUGUACGACGAACGAGGAGACAAAAUCCCCCUGUCGGAAAACAACAUCGCUGCGUUCCCCGACAGCGUGAACGUGCUGGAGGCCGUGCACGGGGACGUGCGCACCCCAGACAAGCUCAUCGACGGCGUGAAUGACACCAGCGACGGCAGACACAUGUGGCUGGCACCAGUCCUGCCUGGCCUGGUGAACCGGGUCUACGUCAUCUUCGACCUGCCCACCACGGUGUCCAUGGUCAAGCUGUGGAAUUACGCGAAAACCCCCCUCCGAGGGGUGAAGGAAUUUGGUCUCCUGGUGGACGACUUGCUGGUGUACAACGGCGUCCUGGCCAUGGUGAACCACCUGAUGGGCGGCAUCCUGCCCACCUGCGAGCCCAUGGUGCCCUACCACACCAUCCUCUUCACCGAGGACGCCAACGCCGCUCACCAGAGACACCCCGUCCUCAGCCACUGGGGCGAGGACCAGGACGUCCAGAUGAUGAACGAGAACCAGAUCAUCACCAACUCCAAGAGGAGGCCGGGCGUCGCAGACCCAGCCCUGCGCCCCAAGACCUGCAUCAGCGAGGAGCCAGCCAGGCAGCGGCGGUGCUGAAGGUGCUUGGUGGGCCCCAGCCUGGCCCGGCUCCACCCCAGUGUGUCUCAGACCUGUGUCAGCUGGCCAGGACCCCAGAGGCUGGAAGAGAACUCGGCAUAGAGGGACAUGGGGGCAGGAGGGGGAGGGUGACAGCCAUGGGAGCCACAGGACUCCCAUGGAGGACAGGGCUGGCCAUAGAAGCUGGGCACACUGGGCCCUGCACCUCUCCUAGGUCCAGGCAGGUAGGCCUGGUCCAGCAGCAUCUCAGGCCCUGAGCAGGCCCAGUAGGCGGGGCCAGGCUGUACUCCCACCAGCAGGCUGGGCCCUCAUUGGCCCAGGCUGAGGUGGCCACACCCCCUGCUGGCUGAAGGGCCUCUGGGCCUGAGCUCAGGACUGCGGAGGCACUCUGGCUUGCCCUUGGUCCUGCCCAGGCCUUGUUGGGGAGAGGGGCCCUGGGGGUGGGGGGCAGGGGCUGGUUUUAUAAAGGCCUCUCACCUCUUGCUAAGCCUAAGACCAGGUUGGCCAAAAGUGCAUGAUCUGAGCAGAGGAAGCAAACUUAGGUGGGGGACCCAACUCCCCUACCCCUCCAGCCUAGUACCCCUUCCUCCUUCCUUUCCCUUGUGAGGUUCAGCUCCUCUCUUUCCCCCUCCUGAAGCUCAGCCUCAUCCCGGUGAGCUGGAAAGGUACCCUGGACCCCACCCCCCACCCCCGCAGUCCCCCCCUAGCCAAAGGGAGCCCGGAACGCAUCUAUUUCCAUCUUUGUCACAAGCUCGGAUCAGGGACCUAAUUGGUUUCCCAGUGGUGGGUAAUUUAUUGUUCCAACUACUAAUCCGUUUUCGGGCUGGCACUCGGCCUGGUGCAGCCCGGCCUGGGUACUGUACUCUGUGCGUUUGUUUCUACGCAACCCAGAGCCCAGAGAUGGCUUUGUGAAGGGGCCUGAGCGUAGAGCCGCUAUGCAAAUGCGCUUUUCGUCCAGAAGGCAGGGCCAACACAGAGACGGGAGUUGUGUUUUGGGGGAGACGAUCCAGUAGCCAUCAAGGCCCCCCAGCUCCUCUGUUUAGCUCCCAGAUCCACCAAGCUCCUCCUCUGGGCGCCCUGGAGAGCUGCUGCCAUUCCCAAAAAGCCAGAGGCCAAUCAAACCAGCUCCUAGGACCAAAUCCAGAGCCCUGCUUUCCUGGGAGCCUCUGAGCCCCAGCAAGGCCAAGGCCUCGGCUCCCGGCUGGAUUCAUGGGGGUGGGGGUGGGGCAGCCAUCGGGGUUCACACACAUCCAGGACCCCGGUUGAUGUGUCUAAUAACUCUGGUACCAUACAAUCUAGGAGGAAGGAAGGGAACUAGACAGGUAUAACUUUGUAAUAAAUUUCUAUUUUUUUUUCCUCUUGCAAA